CAAUUAACCCAUACCGGUUCUUACCAUGACGACAUACAAGUCAUUAAUUUUGAUUGUUUUUAGUGUCGGUAACUUCUUCUUUUUGCCAGUCGAUUCCUUAGAAUGUCGGUAUUGCACAGGCUCAGGAGAUUCCAAUGACUGUCGCACAGGAAACGUAACGGAACUCACGACAUGCACCAUCAAGGGAGAGGAUCACUGUUAUGCAGAGUAUAUAUUGAACGAAGGACAUAAUCCUUAUUAUCGUAGAGGAUGUGCCCCUGGUGACUGGUGCCAACAACAAAUGAGAAGUCAUUCUACCGCACUCAAAUUCUGUAGUACUUGUCAAGGUUCGAAAUGCAAUAGUAAGACAAUUGGGUCUGAGGAUCCAUCCUCCUCCUUGUGUAGAAGUUGUGAGAGUCAAGAUCAGAAUGGUGAAUGCAAGAAAGGUACAGUCAACACAAACGUCAAAUGUAAAAAAGGGGCCAUGUGUUUGCAAUAUCGGUUUUCGACGAAACACAGGGGUUUCUGGAAGAGAGGAUGCGGCGACCCAAAUUCAUGUUCCAAACUUGCUAAAAAAUACGAACAACUAAUAUUUCAAUGCAAGGCAUGUGAACACGAAUUGUGUAACAAUUAUCCAAUAUAAAUUGCCGCCUAACUGUUAAACUGUAAUCUACUUCCACUUACGGAAUUAAAGGUGAUUGAACAUAAAA